CGAGGUAAUCAUAGAAGCACCAUCGUUGUGAAUUUCCGUCUUGUUUGCGAUUGCACCUGCACAAAAAUAGACCACGAAAGCUUAAGACCUUAGUUUUGAAGGCCUGCCAAAAAAGGAUGAGAUUCAUAGCUCUCGUUUCGGGCGGAAAAGAUUCGAUCUAUUCGAUCCUUCGAGCAAUGAAAAAUGGGCACGAACUMGUGGCUUGUCUCCAUCUUGGAGCACCCGUUGUGGACAAAAGCAAUGAGGAAGAGCUGGAAGAAUCCUACAUGUAUCAAACGGCUGCGUCCGAAGUAGUGAAAGUAAUGGUAGAAGAAUGUCUCGGCGUGGAGCUCUUGCUGUAUCCGAGGCAGGGAAAGAGCGUAAACACGGGAUUGGUAUACGACAACACAACGCCAAAAGACGAGGUAGAGGACCUAUUCCUGGCCCUGGAGCAGGCUACGAAGCGGUUCGAGAUCGAUGCUGUCUGCUCGGGGGCGAUUCUAUCGACCUAUCAACGGGUGCGCAUCGAACAUGUUUGCAAUCGACUGGGCCUAACGUCGCUCUCCUACCUGUGGAGACUCGGUCCGCAAAGAGAAUUGCUCCGGGAGAUGCUGGAGGAUGGCAUCGAGGCCGUACUCGUCAAGGUGGCCUGUCCCCCGGGAUUGCUUCCAAGAAAGCACCUGAACAAGAGCCUGAGGUUCUUAUCGGACAUCGGACUGCUGGAGCGAUUGAAUCAGCUGUAUCAGUUCCAUGUUUGUGGCGAGGGUGGCGAAUACGAAUCUCUGGUCAUCGAUUCUCCCCUGCACAAAAAGAAACUGGUGCUCGACGAAGUGGAAAUCAUGGAGAGCGAUGCGGGRGAUGGUGUUGGUGAACUKAAAAUACUCUCCUGCCACGCCGAAGAAAAGGUAGAGGGAGAUGUCCCAUUGUUGGAACUGCCCGUAUAUGACAACCAGGAGCAACCGGAGCAGGAAUAUUCAAAGCUUAGCACGGCCGAACAAGACACASAGAAAACGCMUGUUGGAGGACAAGCAGUGCCCUCUGUGUCGUUUGUUCCUUACGUGUAUCAAGGGACGGGGGGCUUGUUGCAUUUCAGUGAAAUCAUGUCUCCAGUCACGGCAACUUCUUUUACAUCCGGAAGCAAGUCCGAAGCUGAACUGGCAGUAGAAGAAGCAUUGGAGAUCUUUGCUAUACUAAAAAGAGGCCUGGACUGUCACGGUGCCACCACCAAGGAUGUCUUUUAUGUCCAUCUUUACCUGAGCGAAAUAUCCCACUUUGCGACAAUCAACGCCCACUACCAGRCAUUCUUUGGAAGUCUCUUGCCGCCGUCUCGGAGUUGUGUUGCCCUGGGACGUGGAGUCCUCCCCGGUGGAAGGCGGGUACUCUUGGACUGUAAGGUUCAGAUAGGGAGUGGGGAGUACAUGCGGCCAUCCRCAGACGGAGCUGUAGUAGGUGAGGCAAAUUGCUAUGCUGUUGCAGCUCAUCGGACGAAGACUUCGAAACUGAGGGAGGUUUUGCACGUGCAAUCUAUUUCCAACUGGGCGCCGGUCUGCGUAGGUCCAUAUAGCCAAGUCAACACACUACGGUCGGGAGUGCAAUUUCUGGCCGGUCAGAUCGGCCUCCGACCAGAAACAAUGGAACUGCAACCAACAUGGACUCUGCAAUUGGAACAAUGCUGGAAGAAUGUGGCAUCGGUCCUUGAUGCAUUGAAUGGAGGCUCUCUCAACGACAUAUUUGGCUCGUUGGUUUACUUAUCCGACAAGAUUUAUCCAGAAGAAARAUCUCUGGAAUUAUUAGAAGCCAUUUCGAGACACGAAAUWCGAACCAACGGGUCAAUUAUUGCCGGGAGAAUAGACUCGUUAACGGACGAAACUGAACUGUUUGGUGGAUAUGAAGAUCAAGGCACGUGGGAAGAAAUGAAGAGCCAAGAAGAAAAAGAAAAAGAAGAAUCRAUGUUCAAUCCAUGUCCCAUUCUYGUUGUGUCCAUUCCGGAAAUGCCGAAGGGAGCAGUUGUGGAAGUCGAAGUGAUCACCUCUACUGUGGAAGCAGCCAAGAGUCUAGAUACGAGAGAUGCUAUUUUUUCAAWGGAUUCAAACCGCAGAACAUCUCUCRUGCACAACGCCCCUAUAGGGUGGGAAUCGGGUCACAAUUUUCCGGUYCCAUUGUCACGCAACAAGGAAGGCAUGCGGAUCGACUCSUACUCUCGUGUAAUUGGGAAAGGGUGCGCUGCUGCUGUUCUUGUAACAGCGUCUUGUUCCAGUAACAUGUCCGAACCCUACGAAAUCCAACCCGAGGCUAUGCUCGUCGACAUGUUGUCUUCUGUCAAAAGUGUCCUAUCGGAGGCAAGAGCCGGUAUAAGUACUCGCAACAUGGUCCAUGUUCGACUUUUCUAUGUUUCUUCCGAGAAAUCUGAGGAUGGACAGUGCAUCGUACGUAACGAUGGCGUCGAAUUGCGUUCGGCCCUCAACGGUGCGGUAAAUUCUACGAAUAAGAUGGAAAACAAUCAUGCAGCUACUUCAGUUAUCCCAGUCAGAGCUAUUGGUACGAUUGGGGCUGUGCCAAAGCAARCGAGUAACGACAAUAGGGUUACUCUGUUCGCCAUGCAGGUACUUUUGCUAGAUCCUGUCCAUCUUGAAACUGAAAUAUGGAUCCAUAAGGAUCGUUAAAACGCUAUCACAUUAUUAACAAGAAUAACUUCAAUUCCGCUUCACACACUAUGACGGCUGCUACUCGCAGCAAGUACCAGYGAUACGAUGGAAGGAUCAAUUGAAUCUUUCUCCAUGAUCCUCGAUACAUGGAKUACAGAAAAUCCACCCAACAACAUUUGACAAUACUUUGUGUAAUUUACAUGUCCUUGAUACGCUCCGAKGGUUUUCCCGGGGAGAUUUGGUUCGUUUUUGGUCGGAMUGUGCUUCGGAGACACAUGACCUUCUAGCUCACAGGGAUCAUCAACAUUCAGAGUCUUGUGAAGUAUUAGCGAAGAAGAAUUACAAGAAGAUCUUGUGUCGUUUGAUUCGUCCUUAUCACCCACAGAACGAAAAGGAUUCUUYACGUCGAAUCCCGAGAAGUCAAACCAUACAGAAUUCUCUUCCUCCGAUGACAUAGUGUGCGCCAAUUUUGGGGUUGAAAAACCUCCGUCGGUGAAGCUGCUACCUUCAUCGUUACAAUCAUCGGCGAAGUAACGUCCAAAAUAAUUGUGUGGAAUCUUGGUUGCAUAUUCGUGAGAUUUUGUUGCGAAAAUGUUGACCAUACUGUCUGAUAGUAGGGCUUCUUUUCUUGAGUACUCGGUAAGCUUGGGCUCUGUUGCUUCAUAUUCASUUAUCGAGACYGGAUUUCGUAAGUCCUUCCUAAAUUGUUGAAAAGUAGAAGUCGUGCUCAAUGUCGAGGAGCUCUUCAUUGAAAGCUCUUGCUCUUCAUCAAUAUCAAACCGAAAAUUAUCGUAAAUUGUACGUUGAUCGUAAAUUUUAGAAAUUUCAAUAGCAGUGGAUGCGCUGGUCUCGGAACCGCAAGUUCCUUCGGCAACAGGCCCAUGAUUUGCUCUUUCUUCACAGAUCAAUUGUGGUUGAAUGAAUUCAUCUUCUACUUGAUUAGGAAUAAAACUAUUUGGACGCAUCCACUUCUUGCUGCAUGAGUUGAUAGGGGUACUGCUGGACUGAUCGUAAAGUCUCAUCUCAAAUGCCGUUACUUGCACUAGAGAAAAAGUUUCGGCCGAUAAAAAGCUUGGAAUCAUAGACAAAGGAAAACUGUAAGAUGGUCGAUACUCUAUACAAAGGAAUGAACUAGAGCAUGGAURUGGCGGCUUCAAUUUCUACAUUAAUGAUUGGUUGUACUACAUGGUUGCAAUUUUAAAUUACUCCGAUUUUUUCAUUACAAUCGUGGCACACACAAAAUACUCUGUUACUGUAUCGACAGUAUUUUUACGUGUAAUGCUUAUAGAUU